AUGGCCAUCAUCAAAGUGAAGAUGCUGUUUGGGUUCUGUCCAAGACAAGGCACUGAAUACUGUGCCCAGCAUGCCUGGGGCUAUCGCUUGUGGCGCAUGGCUGGUGAUGUCCAGAUGCAGUCUGUUGCAACUACUCUGCCACAUCCUGAGAGUUUCUGGGGACAUUACCUGGUGGUGAUUCCUGCAGAUCUCCGCUACCCAUCCACCCAAGUUGCCUGCCUCCAUAUCACCUGUUAUAAAGCAAAGCUUCAAGUGAAUCUGGUCCUGGAGCGCUCUACAGGACGUGAUUUGUUAGUGCAAGAAACCAUCCAGAAUGAGAAGAAGACCUUCAUGUGCACUAAGUUCUGGGUUGCACCUCCAGUUGAUGGCACAGAGGAAAUUGCCACUGUAAUUCUGACCAUCACAGGCCAAGAGGUCAGUAUGGAAGAGAAGACAAAGGUCCUGAUACGCAAGGCAAACAGUGGCACUUUCAUCCAGACGGACAAGCCCAUCUAUCAGCCAGGGCAGACAGUGAAAUUUCGUAUCGUGACUCUGGAUGAGGAUUUCUUUGGACUCAAUGACUCGUUUUCCCUGUUUCUUCAGGACCCUAACAACAACCGGAUAGGACAGUGGCUGGAUGUGACCCCCCAAGACGGCAUUGCAGAUAUGUCUUUCCAGCUAACUGACGAACCUCUGCUGGGGACAUAUGUCAUCAACGUAUCCAAAAAGGAAGCAUAUGGCAGCUUCUCCGUUCAGGAGUAUGGGCUACCAAAAUUUGAAGUGAUCUUUGAAGGGCCAGUUAAGAUUUAUGCACUAGAUAAAACCUUCCCACUCCGGGUUUGUGGCAGAUACACUUAUGGCAAAGGCAUCCAGGGGAUGGUUCAUGUGAUCCUUUGUCAGAAGAUAGCCUCAUUCUUGUAUAAUACUUCAAAAUCUGAUCUCUGUCAGGAAUUCAACAACCAGACAGACAAGAUGGGUUGCUUCUUCACAAGUGUGACUCUGUCCUCCUUUAGCCAAGACUUCUGGUAUUAUCAGGACAGCAUACUUGUAGAGGCCUCACUGGUGGAAAGUGGCACAGAAAUACAGGUCAAUGCUUCCCACAAAUUAUUCAUCUCUAAAGUUGGUGGCAUGGCCUUGUUUGAGGAUGUGAAUUCUUACUACCAUGCUGGAGAGAUGUACAGGGGGAAGAUUAAAGUCAUCGAUUACCAAGGCAAAUCACUGCAGUACAAGAAAGUCCUCCUCAUAGAAAACAAUGGUGAGCAGCAGUUUCAGCGAGAGUACAUCACUGGAGACUCUGGGACAGCUUCAUUUAGCCUGAACACAACUGCUUGGAACAGUGCCUCAGUCUCCCUGGAGGCAAGUGUCCUACAUCAAGAUUCUGAUAGAAAGCCUGGGGCAGUUGAUUUGAAUUACCAGAGAGCCACUUAUUUCAUACGUCCAUUCUACAGCACCACCAGGAGUUUUCUCACUAUUGGCCGUGUGCCAGAAAUGAUACCCUGCGGUAAAAAGAAGGCUGUCCAGGUGGACUUCAGAAUUUACCAGGAAGACCUGGAACAUGGGCCUAAGCGUGUCAUUUUCUCCUACUUUGUUGUGGGGAAAGGAGGGAUAGUCCACGCAGGUCAGAAGACUGUUUGGGUUGGGCUACCAAGAACACUGAAAAGCUUCUUCUCCAUCCCUCUUACCUUUGACUCGAUCUAUGCCCCAACUCCAACACUUGUGGUUUAUGUCAUCUUCCCUAAUGGAAAAAUCAUCGCUGAUUUUGCUGUCUUCAGUGUCUCCAUGUGUUUCAGAAAUAAGGUGAAGUUGGGCUUCUCAAAGACUGAGACCCUUCCUAAUUCAGAAGUCAACCUCCACCUGCUGGCAGCUCCUGGGUCCAUGUGUGCUGUCAGGGUUGUGGAUCAGAGUGUUCUUCUACUAAAGCCAGAAAAAGAGCUCAGCAACUCUAUGAUCUAUGGGCUGUUCCCAUCUAUUUAUAACUCCAGGUAUCCUCGCCAAGUGUCUGAAGAUGAUCAUUUGUGUGGGUUCUCAGAUUCUGAUCAGCCUGAUGUGUUUACAGCAUUCAGGGAAAUGGGGUUUAAAAUUCUGUCCAACACCAAUAUCAAGAAACCAAGAGCAUGUCUAACUACUCCAUCAACAACUAUAUUGAAGGGAACAGGAAUGUUUAUUUCCAAGCCCAUGUUAAUGUUUGCCCAGCCCUAUAAAGCAUAUAACACUGGGCACCUGACAACAACUGCCUAUCAGCCCACUAAGUAUUUGCCUAUUUCUCAAGCUGAAGAGAAAUUUCACAAGUAUUUCCCAGAAACCUGGAUAUGGGAUUUGUAUUCCGUGGGUCCCAGUGGGAAGAAGAAUAUCACUGUAACUGUGCCUGACACUGUCACAGAAUGGAAGGCAGGGAUGUUCUGCACAGGGCGUCAUGGCUUUGGACUUGCACCUACUUCCAGUCUGCUUGUUUUCAAGCCUUUUCUUGUGGACCUCACAUUGCCAUCUUCUGUGAUCCAGUGGGAGACUUUCAUGUUGAAGGCUGCAGUCUUCAACUAUUUGCAGACGUGCAUGAAGAUCCAAGUGACCUUAGAGGAGUCCACACACUUCCAGCUGAAGCCAUGCAAAGGCUGUGUCUACAGCAGCUGCUUGUGCGCCAAUGAAGCUAAGACAUUUCAAUGGAGUGUUACAGCUAAGCAACUGGGGCUAAUGAACAUCACCCUGAGCACAGAGGCUGUGGCUACCAAAGAGCUCUGUGGCAAAGAGAUACCAUUUGUCCCAGCCCAAGGACAGAAAGAUACAAUCAUCAAACUACUUCUAGUCCGGCCAGAGGGAGUGUUGGUAGAGAAGGCUCACAGCUUCAUCCUGUGUCCCAAAAAAGAGAAUCCCGCACAGGAAUCUGUGUCCCUGAUGUUGCCUCUAAAUGUCAUUGAAGGUUCAGUCAGAGCCACCAUCUCAGUCACUGGUGACCUCAUGGGGACAGCACUGCAGAACCUGGACCACCUGGUGCAGAUGCCGCAUGGCUGUGGAGAGCAGAACAUGGUGCUGUUUGCCCCUGUUGUCUAUAUGCUGCAGUACCUGGAAAAGACAAGGCAGCUGACUCCAGAGAUCAAGGAGAGGGCUACAGGAUUUCUGAGCAAUGGGUACCAGAUACAGCUGCAGUAUCAGCACCCUGAUGGUUCCUACAGUGAAUUUGGUACCAGGGAUGAGUAUGGUAAUACUUGGCUGACUGCAUUUGUAAUCAAAUGCUUUGCCCAAGCCAAACCAUACAUAUUCCUGGACAACAGGGGCAUCCAAGCAGCUCUCACCUGGCUGGAGUUCCAUCAGCUUCCCAAUGGUUGCUUCAGAAAUAUGGGCCAACUUUUCCAUACAACCAUGAGGGGAGGUGUGGAUGGAGAAGUCCCCUUGGCUGCCUACAUCACUGCUGCAUACUUAGAGACAGGAGAGACACCAAAGAGCAAAGUGGUGCGCAAGGCUCUGGGCUGUAUCACUCCUUCUCUUCCCAAAGCUACCAACACUUACACACAGGCCCUGCUGGCCUACACCUUCGCCCUGGCUAAGGACACUCGUCACACACAAGAACUACUCGCUGUACUUGAUCAAAAGGCAAUCAGAGCAGGUGGGCAGAUCCAUUGGAGUCAGACUCCAUCCAAGGCACCCAGCACUGGCCCUUGGUCACAACCACUUUCUGUAGAUGUGGAGUUGACAGCCUAUGUCCUCUUGGCUCUGCUCUCCAAACCAAAUGUCACAGGGGCUGAUCUCAUCACAGCGUCCGGCAUUGUGUCCUGGCUAAAUAGGCAGCAGAAUGCAUAUGGAGGGUUUGCCUCAACACAGGACACAGUAGUUGCUCUGCAGGCCUUGUCCAAGUAUGCAGCACUGACAUACAGCACAAAAGGGGUUGCAGAAGUGAGGGUGAAAUCCCAAAGAGGCUUUGGGAGGAAGUUUCAAAUCUCCCAUCAGAACCGGCUAUUGGUGCAGGAGGUGGCACUGACAGAAAUCCCAGGAAAGUUCUCUGUGCAGGCCCAUGGCAGCUGUUGCGUCUUUACUCGGAUGGUGCUGAGAUACAACACACCCUCCCCACAGGCCUCCACAUCCUUUGCCUUGCGAGUGAAAACUAAGCCAGUCAAUUGCACCAAGGAAGAUAUACACUCUGUUACUCUCUAUGUCAAUGUCAGCUACACUGGGAGAAGAGCCACUUCCAACAUGGUGAUCGUGGAGGUCUCCCUGCUCUCUGGAUUCAUCCUCGCUCCAGGAUCCAGGACAUCUUUGCAGCACUGGCACCUUGUGAGAAGAACUGAAGAAACCCAAGCAGGUGUUGCCAUCUACUUGGACAAGCUGAGCCAUAAGUCUGAGACAUAUGUCCUACAUCUGGAACAAGAGAUUGGGGUGACCAACCUGAAACCAGGGCAUGUCAGGGUCUAUGACUACUACCAUCCAGAGGAGCAGGCCCUGGCUGAUUAUAAUGUUUUCUGCAGCUAA